AAGUUAGUCUACGCUGAGUCGCUGUGGAAGUAGGUUCACGUUGCUCUGGUGCUGGGACGCAGGUGAUGCACUUUCUGUCAUGGAAGUCGGUUGCAUUUGUGAUUGUUUUGGUGUACAGAGGCUGCUGUGUGUUUUGUGACAUUUGCUAAAGUUACGAGAAGGAAAGAUGGUGCUGUUUAGUGCAUAGAUUCGGCGCAGGAGGAUUAUGGUGCUGAAUUAAAAAAAGAAAAAAAAAGUGUUUUAAACACACACGUGUUGAUAUUCCUGUUGUUUUAUGUCCAAAGCCUUCUGAAGGUGGUGUUAUUUAACUUGUCCAAGGAGGAUGUUCUGAAUAAACGAUAGGAAUUUGUUGAAAUCAUACGGAAAUAGAUAACCCAUUUAUCACCCAGUUCAUUAAUAGAUAUUAAAUAAAACCCCUUAACCUAGUACUAUCGCCCCGGGAACCGUUGUGAAUACAUUUGUUGUAAACAUUUUCGCUCUGCGCCAUGUUGAUCAAAUAAGAGUUAUGGAUAGUUGCAGUUGAAGGAGGUGAAGGCGUGGUGAGUGACCCCCACCCAAACCACCCUCAGGAUGGGUGUGGAGGGUGUGGGCGGUGGACGCACGCCCAUCAUCUUACUGUGCGCUGUGAGUGCCAUCCUCAUUGCUCCAAUUACAGGGCAAUACAGGUCACCCGAGAUUACGGAGCAUCCAGCUGACCUCCUCGUCCCAAGAAACGAACCGGCCACCCUUAAUUGCCACGCAGUAGGGCGACCCCACCCAGAGAUCACCUGGUACAAAGACGGAAAACCUUUCGAGUUACACAAGGGACGUCACGUUCAGCUAGACACGGGCGGCCUCUUCUUCCUGAAGGUGCUACGAACUCCCAACAACAACGACGCUGGUGUCUAUUGGUGCGUCGCCUCCAACUCCGUCGGCAAAGUCACCAGCAGGAAUGCCACGCUUGAAAUUGCCGUGCUACGGGAUGACUUCCGCCAAACGCCCGAGGCUACUCGGGUAGCGGAGGGCGAGACGGCGAUGCUAGCCUGUCUGCCUCCGAAGGGCUACCCUGAGCCCGUCGUCUCCUGGGAGAAAGACGGAGUCCAGCUCGAUCCAGCCACACAGCACAGGUAUCGCGUCGUCGACGGUGGCAGCCUUGUUAUUAGUGGCGUGAGGGUUUCAGACACGGGCCAGUAUGUCUGUCGCGCUAGGAACGUCUUUGGCAGGAGGGACACGCCCCCUGCAAUGCUCACGGUGCUUGUAUCCCCCCACCUGGUGUCCUCCUCCGGAAAAGUCACUGGCGCCUCAGGGUCCACAGUGGAACUCGUGUGUCGAGUUGGGGGCGACCCCUUACCUGAAGUGUUCUGGCGGCGCGUUUACCCCCCUGGAGAGCUCCCCGUUGGGAGGAUGACCCUGGAGGAAAGCAGUCAGGUGUUAAGGAUCCACCACGUGUCCCCUGAGGAUCAGGGAUUGUACUCCUGUCAAGCAGAGAACCCUGUGGGAGCCGUGUCUGACAACAUCACUCUCAUAGUGCACUCUCGGCCACUGAUCACUGUCACUCCACUCGACGCUCGAGUCGGAAUCAACGGAACCGCCUCCUUCGAGUGUGCUACUUCGGGGUCGCCUCCGCCGACGACUUACUGGACCCGCGAAGGAUCCGGCAACGUCGUCGGGGCAGGGCAGACGUGGGGAGGCGGCCGGUGGUCGGUGGAUUCUCACAACACCCUCACCAUCCACGGCGUGAAGCGAUCCGACCAAGGAUACUACGUCUGCUCGGCCGUAGGAGUGGCGGGGUCGGCGCUGGCCCGAGCGCACUUAGAGGUGCAGGACGUAGCAGAUAUGCCACCUCCGAUCAUCGCCCUUGGUGCAUCCAACCAGACUCUGCCUUUGGGGACGGAGGGCGAGAUGCCCUGUGAAGCCAGGGGUACUCCGGAGCCGGUGGUGGUGUGGGAGAGAGCUGGGAAGAAGAUCACACCGGGAGGUCGAAUCUCCAUCACACCUCUGAGUACGCUGAGGAUCAAAGAUCUGAAAAUGACUGAUACGGAUGUGUACACCUGCACGGCAACCUCAGAAGCUGGUCAGACUACUUGGACGGCAUCUUUGGUUGUUGCAAAGCCAACCAAUCCAAACGUGGCCUUCUUCAAGAUUCCUGAUGAAGGAACAUUACCCGAAGCACCGGGACAAGUGACUGUCUUGGGAGUGAAUACCACUGUAGUUACCCUGGGCUGGCGGAGGGGGAGACCCGGUUUGUCGGCUCUUUUGGGUUACACUGUGCAGAUGUGGAGUCCAGACCUCAGAGGACCCUGGGUUACAGCUUCCACCCAGCAGACUGCAACUUCUAGUCAUACACCAACACCUGUAUCUGUUAGUGUCACAGAUCUUCGUCCUGAGACCCGCUAUAUGUUUGUGGUCAGAGCUCGAAACUCCCACGGUUUGUCUCGACCUUCUCCUGUCACUCAUACUGUGAGAACCUUGGCACAAGGUGCUGGAGGAGCACCUCCUCUUCAUGAGAUACGUGCACGACUCUCACAGCCUGUAGUUCGAUUAGUAAGUGUAGAACCUGUGUCUGCAUCAUCGCUUCGACUGUCAUGGCAACUAUUAGUGGAUGCAACAUUACUAGAAGGGGUAUAUGUAAGGUAUAGGCCCUUGGAGACUCAGGAUGGAACUCCUGAAGGAGCACUGAGCGUAGAAACAGUCCUCUUACAUGGCACUGGUGCUCCUCCUACCUCCCAUGUGGUGGGUAAAUUACGUCCAGCUACUUGGUAUGAGUUAUUUGUAGUGCCCUAUUAUCAUGAGGUGGAAGGCCAGCCUACAGCAGCAGUAAGAGCCACCACUUUGGAAGCUGCCCCAGCAGUGCCACCCUUAGGUCUGCACUAUUCUCUAGUUAAUGCCACUGCUGUACGCAUUACUUGGGACCCAAUACCAGCUCAAGGAUCAAAUGGUCGCAUCACUGGAUACAAUUUACAGGUCUUUGAAGCUACAAACAACAGUCAUGUUCAUUUAGAUACAACUGUCAACAGCACUUGGACAUUAGUCCCAGGUCUGAUCCCUGGUACCAGUUAUCGUGUUACCCUAAGAGGAGUCACAGCCCAAGGGCCUGGCCCUCUAUCAACCCCCCUGAACUUCACCCUUCCCCGGACAUCAUCUCCUGCAACACCUGACAUGAAAGAAUCUUCUCCUUUCGAUAACAACACGUAUCUCAUUGUUGGUAUAUCUAUCGCUGCUCUACUCUUGUUCAUAUUAUUGGCCGGAGUCGUUUACUGCAUUUACAGGAGACGCCAGAACAACAAGUGUCCCCAGUACUAUAGCAAAGGAGAGGGUAGUGGUCCAUGGUCUGAAUAUCCUGGAUGUUGGGGUGAAGCUGGUGUGAGUGUAGGUGUUACCAGUACCAUGUAUACUGAUGUAGGUAGUCAUGGUAUGCCCAUCACUCAGUUGUACCACAGACCCCCUGCACCAGCCUCAAGCAAGGGAGGCUAUGAAGGGCGGCCGCCUGAAGAUGUAUAUGAGGAUCCUGAUGGACUUAGACUCGUUUCAUUUGGUGGGCAUGUGGAUCAAAAAUGUCUGUCCCCAGAACCAUAUGCUACUACGCCUCUUAUUGGUGAUAUGUUUCGAGGACCUGGAGGAAACCGUCUGCCCCCUAAUAUACCAGUUAGUCCAGGCCAGUCUCAAAUGCCAAACAAAACAACAGUUGAUGAUUGUGCUAUGAAAACAGCCUCCAGUGACCGUAGUGGAAGUCACAGCAGCCACAGAUCUCACAAUUUCAAUACACUGCCCGAAAAAGGUGUGCUAUCAGGGCCUGUGCUACAGUUUCCUCCUCCCCCUCCCCCUCCUAUAGUGGGAGGAGAUCAGUCAAGUGACAAUACUUUAGCUUCCACUGGCAGUCGCGGACAAUCACCUUCAGCUAGGUUACUUUUACAGCAGCUUCCGUACGGAGGUUCUUCCUCUGGGGGUUCCCAUAGGUCACAUGGAAGUCCUUUGUUAGGCCCCAGACCACCAAGGACAAAUUUACGAGCACCCCCAUCACCACUUGCAGGCCAUGGAAUGAGCAAUAAUGCGGAUUAUGAAGCUCGAAUAAUGAGCCUAAGAGGUGGCCUUCCUUUAACAGAGGGAGACCUUGAAAAUGACCAGAGGUACAUCACUCAAGUAAUGACAGAAGAUCCACAAAGUAAUCAUAUCCCAGAAGAAGUUAGCGAUGUUGAAUGGUACUCUCAGCCCCUUCUCAAUGGAAGGACUUCCCCAGAGUCAUCAACCAUGGGUGAUGCUGAAUCAGAGGACGAGUCUCGUUGCUCCUCUGGAAGGUCGUGUUGUUCUGAUGACCAUCCACUAUCCCAUGCCCAAGACCUCAAUUGGGCAGAUGCUUUGAGGGUGGCUGAAGAGGCCAGAUGGGGUCGUGGAGGUUCGUUUUGCAGUACAGAUGAGAGUACUUACGCUCCUUCCCAAACAAUGCACCCCCGCCCUCCCAGACCCCCAUGUCCCAAGAAGCACAAACCACGCCACCCACAGUACAACCACCACAACGUCCAUCUCGACUCUCAAGCCUCGGUCACUUCGCCACUUGUCUAGUAGUGUUGUAGCAACGUAGAAGAUUGUAAAUGAGAUGUGUAUCGGUCCAAUAAGGGACGACGUUGUGUUCGGAGUUGUGAAUAGUUGUUGAUUAUAAAAACAAUGAGAUAUGUAAAUAAGAUGUUGUAUUUUAUUAUACAAUGCAGGCUAGUCCAAAAAAAUGAAUCAUUGUGCUUAAUACUUGGACCUCUCAAGUUUUGUUGUCAGAGAGACAACUUCAUCAUCAUGGGUUACAUGAUAAAAAAAAAAACUUAGUGGCCUUGUGUUCCAGUGCUUCUUUUGAGAACUGUCGACUUUAACGGAAACGAGAGAAAACAGUUUCCGAAGUGAAAUACGUAAAAUAAAUAAAAGUGCUCUUCCUUGUCAAUCCGGUGAAGACAGAUAUCACGACAGGUUUUAUCACUUGAAAGCUUUAGAAGGACCUAGACAGCGUAGCCGUGUAUGGGAAUAACUAAGGAAUUUACGUGUAAAUUAAACUAAAUGGACAAGUGUUGUACGUAUUACGAUAAGGUAGAACUUGGGAGGACCACUACUUCCGAAUCACUUGAUCGAGGUGCACCAAAGGCCGACUAUAUUAUUGGGCAUCACUGUGUUCAUAGGUGUUUUGAGAUGUGUUUUUUUUUUUUCUAUAUAAAAUGACAAAGAAAGAAAAAUAAUCUUGUAUACCCCCUCAGCCUUACUAUCUUAUUUAUAAUAUACUUGAGCUUUUUUAUGACAUGGAAGGACGUCUUUUGAAGGAAAUCAUCUUACAAAAAAGCGCAGAUAGCUAUUAUCUGUUUCCGUGGAAGCCUUUUUCUCUAUAUCUGAACAAGGUCUUUGUAGCGAUGAUCAUUAUCAUUUAUUUUUUUCACCUGGCUUCCACCUGUUGUUGUGUUCACUUCGUUCAGGUGCUUUUCAUGUUGCUUGUCUUUCGUCAUGCCGUCGAUGUCUCGUGUCCGUGACGGAGAUGCGAUUGGAGACAAUUCAAGAUAAAAGGAAAAAUGAAAGCGAGGGAGAGAGAGAAGGACGAAAGGGAGGGAGUAAGGAAACUUAAGGAGAUAAAGAGAUCUCGUUUCUGACCCCUUCGUCUCUCUCUUUCUCUCUCUGGCCUUCUUGUGUAAAAAAAAAGAUCUGCUUGAAGAAUCUCCAACGGCGUCACAACUAUAUUCUAAAUAAUGGUGCCUAUUUGUACGAACACACCCACUCACACACUUACCUUCAUCCCUUCUCCCCCUCCCCCUGUCGUUAUUCAUUUUCAUUUUCAGUUCCGUUUUCGUUUCUUUUGAAUAUUGCAGGGCAGUGGAAUACAAAGUGGUAUUGCGUUCUCUUCUCUGCUGCUCAGGGUACGGUUUGUAUGGUCGCUUCGUUUUUAAUAAAGGAAUUUUAUUUACUGCUCCAAAGACAUAAAUGUCCAGGUUGAAUUUCGACCAGCAGUGUCAUAACUUGCCAUUUUAAAAGAAAAGUUUUACAUUAAAAUCAUUUUCGUCGUAAUGAUGAAUAUAACCAGAACUUCCAAAAGGUUGGCUGAUAGUUUCAAUUUAUAGUGCUACUAUUUUCGAGUUGUAAAUGCUACCCAUAACUAAAUACGGUACUGUAACUGAAAACUCGAUUUUUCUUUGAUAUUUUCUGUUCAACUAUUCUCGUGCUAUUAGAAAUGUUAUCCAUAAUUAAGAACGAUAAAUUUAAAAUUCUUCUUUUAUUUGAGGCUUUCAUAUUUUUAUGAUUUAUUUUUGUCCAAACUCGUAAGGUUUAUUUAUUUGAUAUAUUUACUUAUCUGUUAAUUAUUUAUUGAUUAAUUCUGGAAAAGUCUAGUAGUCGACAUUAUUCGCUUCUUGUGCUCCUCUCGUAAUUGUAGCGAAUUCGGAAUGAAGGACAGUCUUACAACCCGUACCUGCAGAGGCAGUCGUAGCCAAGUUGUUUGUACUAUGGUACAUAAGAAAAUAAAAGAAUGCAAAUAAAAACACGACUAGAAAUAAAUCGGAACAGAGUGAAGAAUUCGCUGAGUGACUUUAUGAAAAGCGAUUAUUUAUUGAUACUUCUUAAUUGUCUUUUAGGGUCAUCGUAUUAUACCCUUGCUGUCGAUAAAUCAGUGUUUAUUUUUAUAUAAUUCAGUUAAUAAAUGCUCUCGAUUUGAAGUGGAAAAUUUUAUGGAAAAUUUUAUCGAGAAUUAUUUCAAAUAAUCAAGUGAUAUAUUUAUAUAUAUAUAUA